GGCCCUUAGUAGGAAGGAGUGAAGAGAGUCGGGAAUAUUCGAUAGAAGUAAGUACGAACCAAACACGACUCUGGAGACUUUCUGAGGGAAGAGAGAGAGAAGUAGAAGAAAGAUGGGAGAGGAGAGAGAUGAUCCACAGAAGCUGAAGAAGAUAGCGGCGGCUGCCUACGACUACGAAAACGACUCCAGAUGGGCCGAUUACUGGUCCAACAUCCUCAUCCCUCCCAACAUGGCCUCCCGCUCCGACGUCGUCGACCACUACAAGCGCAAGUUUUACCAGCGUUACAUCGAUCCUGAUCUCGUGGUGGAGUCAAUGUCUUCAAGUGGUUCAUCCCAGUUUGCAAAACCAUCAGUGUCUUCGUCAGCCUCUUCAACUCGUGCAAAUGACCAAACUCGGUCGCAGAACACAGGGCCUACAAAUAGAAACUCUGGGACAUCGGCAACUUCAAGUCCAAGUACUUCUGUCCGUUGGGAUCGACAAACCAUACAGUUUUCUGUCAAUGCUUGGGUUUUUAUUGUGGCAGUCCUUGCACUCAUUCCUCUUGUACCAACGAACAUUUCAAAUAGGGCAUAUAGGCUUUCUUUAAUGGGCAGUGCUUGUUCCUCUCUCUUCUCUCUAUAUACGUUAUAUGGGAAACCUAGGGCAUGGAAGUUGCAGGCAUUGCAAGUGUACUUCCAAUCAAUAAUUGCGACCAAAGAUUUUAUGUACUUCAUCUACUGCCUUACAUUUGUUACUUCGCAUCUUUGCCUCAAAUUUGCUUUAAUUCCCAUUUUAUCUCGAGCAAUUGAGCAGGUUGCCAAAUUUUUAAGGCAUAAUUUCAGUCGCUUCACCUUGUACAGGAAAUACCUUGAAGUUCCUUGUGUAUGGGUGGAGUCCAAUACAACUACUCUCAGUAUUCUGUCGUCACAUACUGAAGUUGUGCUUGGCUUCCUUCUUAUAACCUCAUUAGUCUCGUGGCAACGCAACAUAAUACAAACAUUCAUGUACUGGCAGCUACUGAAGCUAAUGUAUCAUGUCCCUGUCACCGCUGGCUACCAUCAAGCUGUGUGGGCUAAGAUUGGGAGGACUGUGAAUCCACUUAUCAAUCGUUAUGCCCCAUUCUUGAACACUGCAAUUUCCGGCGCUCAGAGAUGGUGGUUCAGGUAGAUGUCUCAGGAUGUAGAGAGAAGAAACUUACUCUGCGUGUGGCCUAAUUUGAUCGUCUUGGGACGAGAUAACUAGUAUAACAUGUAUUAAGCAACCAUCUUGAAUAUGGGUGGUCAAACAUUGCCACUUUUAUUUCUGUAUUUUGUUUGUUUUCUUUUCUUUAGAAUUGUGCUAGACAAUUUUCUUACUACCGUCCACCAUAUCAGUUGCAAGUCUAUUUUUCCAUUGAUCGAGUUUAUAGAAAUGAUAAGAUUGUGAAAA